UGAAUACUGAUUUCAGUGUUCAUUUGCAUCUAGUUGAUUGAACUAAGACAAUGAAAACGUGCCGGCAAUGGUGUUUAUUAGUGAUCACUGUUAUUACGUAAUUAAUAAUGGUUAACGACCUUAUUCUGUUGGAAACGUUUGGCAAAGAUGAAGAAACAACCUUUCUACUUCCUCGCAGAAAUGAUCUAAAAAAUGAUAACGGUCGGAUAUUCUAUGGUAAACAUCGAUUUAAAAUGUUGAUUAUUUUCUUAACUUUUGCAAUACUCGUUUCGACGUUUGUUAUAUCAGUCAUCAGUUUUUGGACAGUCAAUAGUUCUGACGACGAUUCACCUAUACAGUCUACAUAUUCAAUAGACAAAUUUGGAAAUCAUUCAACAUUAUUGAAAAACGAUAAUUAUAUCAAACAAUGUGCAACUAUCGUAUCUUGUGAUUUUAAUGAUAAAUACAGAACUAUCAACGGGACUUGUAACAAUCUAAAUAAUCCUACUUGGGGAUCAUCAAAUACCCCUUUCAUCAGACUUGUCGGUGCACACUACAGUGAUGGAAUAUCCAAACUACGCAUUUCAUCAGAUGGAAAAUCAUUACCGAGUGCCAGAAAAAUUCAAGUGCAGUUGUUCUUAUACAAACAAACAAAUAUUCCCGACAUAAACAAUCAACUAUUGAUGCAAUGGGGUCAGUUCGUAGCGCACGACGUUUCUAUCUUGGAAAUUGAUGUUAACGGCGAAGAUUGCUGUUCGUAUCAAAAUCAACUAUCGGUAUCAAAAGCUUGUGAAGCCAUUAUAAAAAUACCAAUGGACGAUCCUGUGUAUUCAAAGUAUAACAAAACGUGCAUGGAAUUUACUCGUGCAAUGACAUCAAUCAACUAUAGCUGUUCAUUACAGUCAUCCGAGCCAUCAACAUUUAUGAAUGAUGCUACACAUUAUAUCGAUGGAUCUCAAAUUUAUGGUUCUGACGAUCAUACCGCAUCGACUCUGAGAUCGUAUACCAACGGGAAAAUGAAGUCAGUCACGAGAGAAGACGAUUUUCAGGAAUCUUGUCCGUAUUCGUUCGUUGGAUCAUCAUCUAGUUUCAAUAAAACGUAUUCGUCUAACUCCGGCGCGAAUUCGAAUCUAGGAAUGGCACUUUUCCACGAUAUGUUUUUGAGAUUCCAUAAUUUUGUAGCGUUGGAAUUGAAAAAUGCCGUCCCCUUAUGGUCCGACGAAACUCUGUACCAAGAGUCUCGAAAAAUCGUCGGCGCGGUCAUUCAACACAUUACGUACACGCAGUUCUUACCGACCAUUCUAGGUAAAAAAUACACGGAAGAAAGAGUGCUAGCUGAAGACGAUGAUUACAUUGCAACCGUAAAUCCAUCGACUUCGCAAGAGUUUUCAGCCGGUGCUUUUAGAGUUCUGCACAGCAUUGUACCGGCCCAACAUAGAUUUGUCGAUUCAAAAUACAUUACCCUGCGAACUAUUAACGUCACUGACUGGACGGAUUGCCCAUAUCUCUUGCGACAAGGCUCCAACUUUGAUGAUCUUCUCAGAGGUUUGUUGUUCACCGAAGGACGCUUAAGACAACCAUCAUACAACCCAUUGAUUUCAAAUCUUAUGUUUCAUUCCAAUAACUUGAUUGGUGUGGAUCUCCUAUCAUAUGAUAUUCAAAGAGGUCGUGAUACGGGUUUACCUCCAUACAACAAAAUUAGAGAGUUAUGCGGACUACCUGUUGCCAAAUCGUUUACCGACUUGAUAGAUGUAAUGCCAUUAGAUGAUAUUUACGAUUUGGAAAAACUCUACUCUUCCGUGGACGACGUAGACUUCCUUGUGGGUGCUUUAUUAGAGACACCAGAAACUGAUGCUUUAGUUGGAAAUACCUCCCGAUGUAUUAUUGGUGAUUUUUUCUACAGAUCACGUGUUGGCGAUCGAUUUUUCUACGAUGGUAAAAACCUACCGAAACAGUUUUCCAGUGAUCAACUCGAAAUAAUAAAAUCAAUCAGCCUUAACCAUAUAAUAUGUGCAACUUCGUCAGUAGAUAAUUUACAAAAACACAUUUUCGCAAAAGUUGAUAACGGAUGGUAUUCUUCUAUGAAAUGGACAUGCAAUGAAAAAUAUAUCAUAGAUUUCAAACCAUGGGAGAAAUUAUUUAUUAAUUUACAUUGAAAUUAAUUAUUUUGCCAAUUGUAUUCUGAAAUAUACACACAUGUGAUAUUUAUCAUAAGAUACAUCUAAAAUGACAAUUAUUGAACAUUGUGUUUAUUCAAAAUAAUUUAAAAUAUUACAUCCACAUGACCUGUUUCAAAAUCAAACCAACGGAAAAUAAAAAAAAAUUAACAAUCGA